AAACUGUAGGCUGAGAGAAGCUGCUGCUGUGUGUAAUUUUUAGUCUAACCGCGUGGGAACCUGUGAGUUGCUAGCUCGUGGUUGCUAGCUAGCGAAGGUUUAAGUGGAAACACAUUAUCCGACACGAAGUGAUAGUAGAAAAUGCCACCAAAAGGAAAGGGUGGCAAAGGUGCCAAAGGGGCAGCUGCUUCAGGCAGUGGAGACAGUGAUAAGAAGGAGAAGGCUCAGAAAGGUGGUACAGCUGUAAAGGUUCGGCAUAUUCUGUGUGAAAAGCAUGGUAAGUGUAUGGAAGCAAUGGAGAAACUCAAAUCUGGCAUGCGCUUCAGUGAGGUGGCAGCACAAUACAGUGAGGACAAAGCCAGACAAGGAGGUGACCUUGGCUGGAUGACAAGAGGAUCAAUGGUGGGGCCAUUUCAGGAGGCAGCGUUUGCACUACCCAUCAGCACUAUGGACAAACCUGUAUACACCGAUCCUCCUGUGAAAACAAAGUUUGGUUAUCACAUCAUCAUGGUUGAAGGCAAAAAAUAAAUGGACUGAACAGCC